GUGAAACAGACUCACAAUUCCAACAACAACAGCACAACCGCAACAAUGGCAGACCCUAUGGACCUCUCCCUCGACGACAUCAUCGCCUCAAACAGGCCCAAGCGCCGCACCAAGCAGGGAAACGGUGUCUCCUUCGCUUCAGACACACGCAGAUCCAACAACUACCGCUCGCGAUCCUCCUACGACCGGCCCGACGGCAGAGGAUCAGGCGGCCCCCGUCGCGAGAACAAGCCGUAUGCACGAAGAGACUUGGAAGGGCAGUGGAAGCAUGAUAUGUUUGGCGACUCGAGGGGUGGAUCUGGCGCUGGCUUGAGGGAUAGCGGGCGAGUGGGGAGGAGUACCGCUGCAGAAGGAGCGACGAUCACGAUUAAGAAUUUGCACUGGAACGUGACGCAGGAGGAUAUCGCAGAGCUUAUGGGAACACAAGGAGCAGUCAACAAGAUACACUUCAAGUACGACAACGCCGGUCGCUCUCUCGGAGAGUGCGAAGUUACGUUCGACAGCGCCCGUGCAGCACAGUCCGCCCUCGACACCUACGAUGGCCGCGAACUUGACGGACAAGCGAUGACGGUCGAACUCAUCGGCGGAGGGUCCAGGCAGGCUGGUCGGGGCGCUGUCGGAAGCUCUCUAGCCGACCGCCUCGGUCCCAAGCAGGGGAGCAGCAUCGUCGACAGGCUCGGGCAGAAGUUGGAGGACCGACUGGGGCCUCGCCUAGGUGCGAAGGUGGGGGGACAGAGCAAUGGUGGCGGGCCGGACAGAAACGGACGUGGAAACCGUGGGAGGGGCGGACGCACCGGGGUGGGACGUGCUCCGCGGAAGGGACCUGCGACGAUGGAGGAUUUGGACGCACAGAUGGAGCGGUACAUGUCGGGAGAGCCGGAGCCGGAACCUGUGGCCCUGCAGAAUGGAAAGGUUGAUUGGGAUAAGCCGGCCGACACCGGGGCUCGCGGGAUCAUCACUUAUGAUGAUAUCGACACCUUUGCGAUGCAAUAGUCGAUGGGCUGAUUGCCAGUACCAGUCGAUGUACCUGUUUCCCCUUUAAUUUAGCGAAUUGCACAAGAGGGUAUGCCGUCCUCGUUGUCUUGUUUGCAUAAUACGAAAACCUUAUAUAUCGCUGUGAAGACAACAUCGCUAUGACCUUAAUGGC